CACCAAUUAAAACAAAAAAAUAUGAAUCUGAUAUAAACCUGGAGCGAUUUUAUCACAUUAUAAAAAUAAAACUUGAGUCUGCUACAAUGACUUAUAAUAUCUCAUUUAGUAAGAGUGUGCAAAGCAAUAAGCAUGGGCCGGAUAAUCCUCUGCCUAGUGGUUAUUGCCACCGCGGUUACAGCGUACAAGAACCCUCACUACGCGCCCGGGAGGUCGGUGAACGUUCACCUAUUCGAGUGGAAAUGGAACGACAUAGCGGAUGAAUGUGAACGGUUCCUAGGUCCGAGAGGUUUUGGCGGUAUUCAGAUAUCACCGCCUAAUGAGAAUGUGGUCCUCUGGACUUACAACCGGCCGUGGUGGGAGCGGUACCAGCCGAUGUCGUAUCAGCUGGUAACCCGAUCAGGGGACGAGCGACAGUUCGCUGACAUGGUGCGCAGGUGCAACAACGCCGGCGUCAGAAUCUAUGUGGAUGCAGUAAUAAACCACAUGACAGGCGAGCCUCCAGAAAAUGUUGGGACCGCUGGCAACACCGCCGUGUUCAGAGAGUGGUAUUACCCCGCAGUGCCAUUCAGAUCGGAGCAUUUCAACUGGCCACACUGCGUUAUCGACGGCAGUGAUUAUAUUAACAAUGCUUGGAGGGUACGCAACUGCGAACUUGUAGGACUAAAGGACCUGAAUCAAGCAAACGAACACACUCGCAACAUGAUCGUUGAUUUCAUGAACAAACUCAUUGAUUUAGGUGUUGCGGGUUUCAGGAUUGAUGCAGCCAAACACAUGUGGCCACACGACUUGCAAGUCAUCUAUAACCGUCUCCGCAACUUGAACACAGCGCACGGCUUCCCAGCCAACGCCCGCCCUUACAUUUACCAGGAAGUCAUUGACUAUGGCGGCGAAGCCAUCAGCCGAGAUGAAUACACUCCUAUAGGAGCAGUAACAGAGUUCAAAGCUGGUAUGGAGCUCAGCAACGCCUUCAGAGGCAACAAUCAGCUAAGAUGGUUGAGCUCUUGGGGACCUCAGUGGGGUCUUUUAGCUCAUAGUGAUUCUUUAACGUUCAUCGAUAACCAUGACAAUGAGAGGGGUCACGGAGGUGGCGGUGGUGUUUUAACUUACAAACAGCCCAGGCCUUACAAGGGGGCUAUUGCGUUCCUCCUAGCUCAUCCUUACGGUGAACCUCAAAUUAUGAGCAGUUUCGCGUUUUGGGACUCCGAAAUCGGCCCACCUAUGGAUCACAGUGGCAAUAUCAUAUCGCCGGCAAUCAAUUCUGACGGUACUUGUGGAAACGGCUGGGUUUGCCAACACCGCUGGCGUCAGAUCUUUGCAAUGGUGGCGUUUAGAAACGUAGCUGGCAAUACCGCCGUAAAUAACUGGUGGGACAACGGAGGAAAUCAAAUAGCAUUCUGCCGCGGAAACAACGCUUUUAUCGCCUUCAACAAUGAUUAUUGGGACCUUAACCAGACCUUGCAGACUUGCCUUCCCGCCGGGCGGUAUUGUGACGUAAUAUCUGGUGAGAAAGUGGGCAACACUUGCCGCGGCAAAACUGUUACAGUGGGCAAUGAUGGUCGCGCUCACAUCAACGUUGGAGCCAACGACUACGACAUGAUGUUGGCCAUACAUGUUGGUCCUGAGAGCCGAUUGUGAGAGCAGACUGAUUUGAAGAUAACCGGCAAUAAUGUAUACGAAAUAAUACGUAAAGACUGUUUUUGUAUUAUAAAAAAAUAUUUUUGUUUUUUUUUUUAAUAAUAA